AUGGCCAUAGCAACUGCGGAUAUGACAGUUUUUUGCUUCGAUGUCAUCGAAAGUAAAUUGAGUGGGAGAAAAGAUCCUCCGGCUCCGAGCAGCAUUCCUCCAGUAAAACUGUUGGUUUAUUAUCCGUUUUUUCAGUAUUUUCAAUAUUAACGAGAAUUUAAAAUCAACUCAAAUUAUUUGAAAUGUGCUAUAGCGGUUUCGUUUGAAAAAAAUCUUGAUAGGCUCACGACAUGCGUCGAAACGAAUAGCUAAAUACUGAAUGCUUUUUCGACGCGCGUAUCAGAAAACAAUUCUUCUAAAAGCACGAGCCGUGGAAAAGUAUUCCUAACAGGGAAACGCGGCAGAUUUUCGCAGCGUGAUUGAUUGGCUCCGCCCAUUUGGUAAAAAAUGAUUUGGAAGAAAAAUUAUACUGGGAAUCUCCCAAAAAGGUGGAGCGAUCUAAUCACGCUGUAAGUUUUCUUUGCAUUUCGCGUCAGGCUGAACAGCCUUCGGCCGAGCUUUAGGUUUUUUUAUUAAAAUCCAAAAUAAAACUUUAAUACCAGACUUGACGAAAAUUGAAAUUUUUUGUAAUUUAAUUCUGAAAGCCGGAAAUUUCAAAGGAAAAUCAAAGACGAUUGAUUCUUUUUUCUUCUAUGGAUCGAAAGUAAACAAAAAUGCUUCUUCUUGCACCGAUAACUGACGAUUUUCUGAAAUAGGCCACUGUUCGUCACUUGGAAAGUUGGCUCACAUAACACUCUUCGCGGUUGCAUCGGCACUUUUUCCGAGUUGAAGUAACGUAGAAAAAGAAAACCAAGAAACAAGAGUAUUCAGUUUACAAGAGGGAUUACGCGAUUAUGCCAAAGUGAGCGCUUUCGAAGAUCAUCGAUUCAAGCCUAUUCGUAAAGACGAAGUUUCAUCUCUAUCGUGCGGAGUGAGUUUGUCUAUCUUUCUAUCUCAAGCUUUGACGUUCAGGGAAUUCCUAGAACUGCUAGAGUUCAUAAAAACGUUUUUUGAGGUAUCGUUGCUGAUAAACUUCGAGCCAGCUCUUGAUUAUCGAGAUUGGACAAUUGGGACGCAUGGAGUGCGAAUUCACUUCUCCGAUGGCCGCUCGCAACUCAGCGCUGUGUUUUUGCCAGAAGUGGCUGCGGAGCAAGGUUGAAUACACACUUAUUUCGGAGCCUAUCCGGUCGGAUGACGCUUUCUUGCAGUCAAUGUCGUAAUUUUCUAGGAUGGAAUCAUUUGGAAACGAUUGAUGCGUUGAUAGCCAAGGCUGGUCAUCGCGGAAAGGUCGAUGAAAAUCUGCGAAUGUCCCUAAGAGUCGUGCGAUUUCAAAGCAGCAAGUUUGUUAUGAGUUACGCGGUACGUUGAAAGAUUUUGAAAAUCUUAAAUUUAUUCUUCAGGAGUAUUUACAACACAAGCGUGAUGAAUCUUCAAGGUGA